GAUUGUGGCGUCAUGGGUGGGCUGGAAAUGAAUCAUAAAAACAUGUACGGAAUCAGAAUACGAAUCUGCCUACACAACCGAUUCCCUGCUCCCGACUCAAUUCACCUCGAAUAUCUUCUUCUUCUUCUAGCCAAGGUAAACCUCUAAAGCUUUUUCUUCCUCCCCACGCAUUUGCUGUGAUAAACAAAGUUAUGGCGGGCUCUGACGCAUCAUCAAGCUUCCGAUCAACACCCUCGCAGCCGUCCAUUAUUCCCUCCAACACCCCUCUACUCUCCGCUUUCCUUGCUUUCGCUCUCGCUCAGUUCCUUAAGCUUUUCACCACCUGGUUAUGGUUUCUCUGUUUUUCUUUCCUGUUCAAAGAGAAGAGAUGGGAUUCUAAAAGGAUGCUUGCAUCAGGUGGAAUGCCCUCAUCGCAUACAGCAACUGUGACUGCUCUUGCAAUUGCCAUUGGUCUACAAGAAGGAAGCGGAGCUCCAACCUUUGCUAUUGCGCUGGUUUUGGCAUGUGUUGUUAUGUAUGAUGCCACUGGUGUUAGACUUCAUGCUGGCCGCCAAGCUGAAUUACUAAAUCAAAUUGUAUGUGAGCUACCUCCUGAACACCCUGUAUCCAAUUUCAGACCUCUUCGAGAUUCACUAGGUCACACUCCUCUCCAGGGAAUAAGUUUGCCAUUUGAAGGUUUACCUGGAACUACAAGCAAAGUUUCUAGUUUGUCUUGUAGUGGUAAAGGCACUAAAGGCCACGUCUGCAGGAUAAACCAAGGAAAUCUUAUCUAGGUGAUUUAGUAAAUUACAGUAUUAUUGGUUCUUGGAUGAAAUUGAGCUCUACUUGCUCAAUUGAAAAUGACCUAAAACUGAAACAAGGAAAGCAGGACAAUGAAAAUCGAAGUGAAGUUACUUGCUCGAAAAGGAAAAUCUACAGUGCAUUGCAUGAAGAUGAUGGCCUUUUUUGAUAGAGAUUGCCAUUUUAAAAGAAGAGAUAUCCAACGUAGAUUACUUGGUGAGAUUUUCUAAGGAAAAAGAAGACAUCAUAGGAAUCUCUAGCUCCUUCAGCUUAUGGCUCUAAUCAUCUGUAUGAUCUUGCCUCCAUUAUGGAACAUACCAAUGUGGCCCCCAUCAUUUGUCGUUGGCUAAUAUACAUUGUAAUGGGCUGCGCUAGUGUUUGUCCAUGGAUUAUCUACUGCACUAAAGACAGAGAUAAAGUGAUACAUUAUGGAUAAACUUGACAUUGCAAAAGUUCUUUCACAUUUUGUAUGCAGGAAACCAAGCUUGGAGGUCCACUUUGGAUUUGCAAGAUUACAUCAUAUGAUAAGCUUGUUUGGCUGCAAAAUUUUCCCAGAAAAUUGAAAACUUGGCCCGUGUUGAUCAGAUAUUCUGACCCAUAUAAGAGGCAGGUGGCCAUUGAAAUGGACCACUUUGGCACUAGUGCAACUGUGCAAGUGGGUUCCGUUGGGGAGAAAUAUUCUUGAUGCUGUAAAAAUGAAAGAUUCAGAAGACGUACGACCCACACCAGAUGUCCUGAUAAGGGACCCAUUGCUUGGGAGUCAGGUUCUUGCUGGAAUAGACCACCUUGGUGUAUUGGUCUUUGUUCAAAUAUAUAUUU